AUGUCCGCCGACGUCGUAGCCCCCGCCGUCCUCUCCUACAUCGACAACGGCGCAUACCCCGAAUCCGAAACCGUAGCAUCAGCGGACCUCUCCCCAUCAACCCUACAAAACCUCAGCAAAGAGCUCCAACGCGUGCAGGAAGAUGUCAAGACCGAGAUCCGCUCCAUAAGCCGUACCUCCUCCACCGACAUCGAUACUUGGAUCACCCGCGCAAAACAACUCCAAGCCGAUAUCCUCCACAGCCGCGAAGUCGCCCGCGCGAUCGUUCAGGAGUCUGAAGAGGCGCAGGAGUUGAAGCGGAAGGAGGAGGAUAAGAGGAGGCAGGCUGAGUUGUUGGAGAAGGAGGUGGAGUUUCAGGAGAGUGUGGGCACGAGGUUGGAGCAUGUUAGGUUUGCGAAUGGGGUUUUGGGUAGGGUGAGAGAGGCGUUGGUUGAGGGGGAUGUUGGAAGUGCGUUGAAGAGGUUGGAGGAGGGAGAAGAGAGUGUUGAGGGGCUUGGGGAAGGGGAGGGUGGUGUUAAGGGAGUGCUGAAGAGGAAGGUUGAGGGGUUGAGGGAGAGCGUGAAAGAGAGUGUUGGGGAGGGGUGGGGAGGGUGUGUGGCUGUUGACGUGGAGGGGAAUAGGGUUGUGAUCAGAGGUGAAUUGGAGGGUCUUGUGGAUGCUGCUAAGAGAGUUGGGUUCUUUGACAGUCAGAUCGUCAAGUUGGGAAGGGAGAUUGACAGGGCCAUUAUCAGGCCAAGGCUACAGAUGAACAGAAACGGCAAAGUGAUGCACAUCGCCGUUGCCGAAGACAGCAUUUCGUGUCAGGAUCUCGACGACGAUGCAAGCUCUUCGACUUUGUUCAAGGACCUCAAAGCGACGAUUGCAUUCCUGGCCGAUCUACUACGUGCCGCGGUCGCCGUACCGCUUUCUGAGACAUUGAUCCCCGCCUUGACCACUCGUUUGGAAGAAGAAUGGCUCGAACCAUCCGUACCUCUGGAGCUCGCUGACAUGCAGACUUUUCAGUCCUUACUAGGUGAUGUGGUCAGCUUCGCCGAUGAUCUCGAUCAGCUGGGAUGGCAUGGAAGCAAAGCACUUCGAGACUGGGUCCAAGGCGCUCCUCGAAUAUGGCUCACGAAACGGCGAGAGGUGCUGCUAUCGGAUGUUCGCAACUUGGUCUUCACAGGGCUGCGCGAUACGAAAGUCGUCGAGCGUGUAGAGACGCAGUUUGUGAAUAAUGAUGAUGCGCUGGCUCAAGGUGGUGAAGAAGGCGAUGAUGAGUGGGACACCGCAUGGGAUGAGCCUGAGGAAGAGCUAGCUCCGGAAGCACAACAAGCUCACACUGAAGACGAUGACGAUGCGAGUGCUUGGGAUCUUCCUGAGGAGGAGGAGGAGGAAGCUCCGAAAGAAGCGGGUGCAGACGAGGACGAAGCUUGGGGGUGGGGUGAUGGUGAUGAGGCAGCACCAGAGAAGCCCGCCAGCCCCAAGGCAACUAAGAAGGAAGCGCCCAACGUCAAUGGCCAAGGCACGACCAAGCCUUCUCAACGCGAACUUACCCUCCGCGAGACGUUUACUGUCACGGCGAUUCCGGACAGUAUACUCGAUCUCGUUCAGCAAGUUAUCGCCGACGCCGGUAUGCUAUCUACCAUAGAGUACAGCGGUACACCAAUAGCGCCUGCAGCCCAGGCCCUUUACACCUUACCCACACUGGCCUUGGCAAUCUACCGCGCUACAGCACCCACUGCCUACGCCAAGCUAGGAACAGGCAACAUGCUGAUCUACAAUGACGCCUCUCGUCUAUCAGACCAAUUGCGCGCCUGGCAAGCCUCUCAACCUUCAGCCUCACGACUACGACUGGAUAACGACGUCAAAGCACUCGACCAGUUCGCCAAGCGAGCAUAUGGCACAGAAAUGGAAUCACAACGAACAGUCCUGCGAGAUCUGCUUGACGGCGCGCAAGGCUUCAGCAAUUGCACCACCCUGCCCUUCAAAAAAGAAUGCGAAAGUGCUGUUGAACAAACCGUCGACCGCCUGCGGGAAGUCUACAAAAUGUAUCAGCCAAUCCUCUCCAACAGCGCCCUCCUCCAAUCCAUCGGCAGCCUACUGGCAACCGUUACGGGCAAAAUGAUCACCGAAAUCGAAGACCUGCCCGACAUCUCCGAAGCCGACUCGCAAGAACUCAAAGAACUCUGCGAUCGAGUCCAAACCGCCAAAGAUCUCUUCCAACAGCAAGCCGAAGACGGCGGCGAGGCCAGAGAUAUGACGUUCAUCUACUGUCCGAACUGGCUCAAGUUCCAGUAUCUGGGCGAGUUGAUGGACAGCAGUCUGGCAGAUAUCAAGUAUCUGUGGAAUGAAGGCGAGUUGAGUUUGGAAUUUGAGGCGGAGGAGGUUGUGGGUUUGGUUGAGGCGCUUUUUGCGGAGAGUGGAUUGAGGAGGCAGGCGAUUCAGGAGAUUCGGAGGGGUGGGAGGAGAUGA